CAAUCCUACAAAUCAUUUGUCCUCGCUAACCAGGAUUGAUCCACAUGUAUAUUUGUUGCAAUUCCAUUUUUUGUAUUUGAAUCUUGAGAAGGCUAAACUAUACUUAAAUUAGUUUUUAUUUAUAGCAUGAAUUUUCAGCAUUUUUACAUUUAUAGCCUAAAAAAAAGAAGUUGAAAGUUCAGGCCUAAUAAAUCAAAGUUCAGGUUUUAAUUGAAUGCAGUUAAAAGAUUCAAUUACAUGAUAACAAAUCAAAAUUAAGACUAUAAAUGGAUUUUUUUUUAAUCUGAAUGUAAGUUAUAAUUAACCCUUUUCUAUUUACGUACAUUUAUCUUUAUUCACAAAUAGGCUUAAUCCAUAAAGAAAUCCUAACUUUUACAUAAACAUGUAAACAUCAUUUAAUUCGAUCAUAUUAAAAUAACUAAUUAAAUAAAAACUCUUUACAGGUGUUUGCAUAUGAAUUAAUCAUUGCUGACUCAUCAAAGCAAACCGUGUAGCAGUUUAAAAUUUUCAUAUGAUCGGCGACAAUUCCGAUAAAAAUGUCGCCGCCGUUGACUCCUCGCGCAGCUGCUUACCUCGGUGCCGUCGCUCUCCAAAUUCAGAAGAAACUCCAACGCGCUUUAGCUUCGCCAUCGCAGAGCCGAAAGUUUCUGCAAGAGUUGUUCGCAGACAUAGCUUUGGAGGUAGAUGAUCGUGCUAAAGAUAUUAUUUUUGAUGAGGAAGAUGUAGUUUAUGUUGCAGAAGAUGGAUAUGGUUGCGCAUACUGCUUUUACGACGUCCUCGCUGAUUAUUUUGUAUGCAUACCACAGAGUGGAGAUUCAAUAAUCGAUCUCAUAGUACAGCUCUGGAGCCAGUCAUUUGCAUCUAAUAUAUUUUGUCUUUUGUUCUACAAGUGGAUGUUUGAGGUUCGGUUUGACAAUCUUGAUGUCGUACUUCGUUAUUCAUCUGCUCUAGUCCAAGGUGCUAAAAAUGUCUUCUGGACUGACAUUCAAACAAAUACAAGGCGCUUCUCAAGUCUCUUUAUUUAUUUUCUAGAUGAUGUUGCUCUCCGCUCAGAAAGAUUAAAGAAGAUCUCCCCACAGGCUCAGAGAGACCUAUUUCUUCUUCUCUCAAGAUUCCUAUUUUUCUACGACACAGAUGAUCGGCUUGAAAUAUUUUUGAAGCAAUUUCCAGAUUUUCCAAAUGCUUUUUUGAUUGGUGGUGCAGCAGACAUAUUUGUCAGUGAACUAGCUGGUCAGCUCCAGGAAUUGAAGGUAGAGCCGGUUCUUCUUCAUUACUUAUCUUAUAUAAAAGUUCUUCAAGGUACUAUCCGAUCCACACACAGGCAUACACACAUACACUUUGAUUUUCGAAGUCUUACUAAAAUCUCUACAGGCCUAGAAAUAAGAGUAGCAACAAGUACAAGAUUAAAAACAUGCUUAUAUAGCUUCACAUCUCCUGGUGGUCCCAUGUACCCGACAAGAGAUGUUCGUCAUGCAGCGUGGGAUGCAUUAGACUUUCUUUUCCCUGUGGGGAGAUAUCCGAGACAUGUAAUCAGUCUCUUCUUUCGACUACUUUAUCCAUGGUACUGGCCUUCUUCUUGUUGGAACUUCGUACGUUCUUGUGUAAGAGCUAUCCUAUAUUCUGUGUUGCUGUUUUUAUUCUCUACCUGGGAAAGACUGACAGAACCGAAAACAUCGUAGAUAGUGAAAUUUAGUAUGUUGUGUUGUGCAAUGUGUAGUUGUGUACGUGGAAGGAUAAAUGUGACUCAAAUUACGUCCCAUAUAUCUUAUUCCAUUUUCUGGCAAA